AUGAGGAUCAGAAUACUGCAUACUGCCUUUCUCUUUAUCCCCGUCACCUCUCUUUCCGUCCCGUAUACGAAACCGACGCCCCUCCCACUCGUCCUCUGGCAUGGUCUCGGCGAUGACUUUGGCCGCGAUGGAUUAAAAGAAAUCUCACAUCUCGUCGAAAAGGUGAAUCCGGGCACCUACGUCCACAUCAUACGCCUGGAUACCACACCUGAGAAGGACCGCGAGGCCACCUUUUUCGGAAACGUCACCGAACAGGUUGAAACGGUGUGCGAACAGCUGGCCUCUGACCCAAUACUGAAUACUGCUCCCGCUAUAAACGCCUUGGGAUUCUCACAGGGAGGACAGUUUCUACGUGCAUACGUAGAGCGCUGCAAUAAGCCUCCCGUUCACAACUUGGUCACUUUUGGCAGCCAGCACAAUGGGAUCGCAAGUUUCCAGUCAUGCGCUUCGAGCGGGGACUGGAUAUGCCGUGGGGGUGAGGCAUUGCUGAGAUUCGGCGUGUGGUCUAAUUUGGUACAAUCCGGUUUUGUCCCAGCACAGUAUUUUCGUAAUCCAGAGCAGCUGGAUCAGUACCUCCAACAUAGUAAUUUCCUGGCUGAUGUCAACAACGAACGGACCGUGAAGAAUGCUAAGUAUAGGCAGAACCUGAUGUCACUCAAUAAAUUUGUUAUGUACAUGUUCAAGGACGAUAAAAUGGUGAAGCCCAAGCAGAGCUCACAUUUUGCGGAAGUCAACCAGACCACUGGGGAGGUAACGCCCCUUCGAGAGAGACAGAUAUAUCAAGAAGACUGGCUAGGCCUAAAGUCUAUGGACGAAGCCGGAAAACUGGAGUUUCUUACUAUUCCCGGCGAGCACAUGCAGGUUACUUCUGAUGUAAUGACGCAGACGAUUGAGCGUUACUUUGGCUCCGUCCAGCCCGACGAGUAUUCAGGCUCUGGCCUCGUAUUGCAAGUCCAAUAA